GAUCAAGAAAUGGAUCCAGGUGGACUGAAACACAGCAUUAACAAGGACAAGGGCUUGGCUUUCGGUAAACUCUCAGAGAGCGGUGUAGAAGGAAGCUUCUCGGGUGACGCAGGUGGUUCCAAGUCCACCACAUCAACCUCCCUGAUGCAUCUGCCAGGCUCCAGACCUCAGCCACCAGCCAGAGACUCCGCCAACGGACUGAAUGUCACUACGACUCAGAUGGAGCUCUCCACAGGGGGACUCACUAUAGAGGAGUCUGAAGUGAAGGUAAUGGAGAAGGCCCUUAGAAUGCAGCAGCCACAGAAACCGCAGCAGAACCAACAGCUGUUUGAGAACUUUGCUCUGUUGGAGGCGAGUAUUGCAGAUUUGAAUCGAUCCAACACCCCAGGGAGCUCUGUACUUGAACGCCCUCAUGACCUUUUCUCUCUGAAAACGGAGAAGGACAGGCUUGACAUGGGGUCAGUCAGCUUUGGACAGUCACAGAAGGACUUGGAUGUCAACGAGAGGCUCCUUGGCGACAAUACAAUGGACAUUCUGCAGGAUUUGGACUUGCCUGGCUCUCUGUCUGACCUGAAUGAGUUUUACGUGUCUGAUGAGGCUGCUUUCCUUUCCUCCCUGUCAGUGGAGGAUGUCCUGCUCGAGGACGGCAACAUGGAAACCAAGCCCAUAGACUGUAGCAAUGGGGGAAACUGUACAAAUGUGGACAGCGCGGACCAGCAGAAGCAGCUUCUGGAGCCAGGCAUCUCCAUGCCUGUCAUCAAGACGGAGGAGGAUGCUGACACCUCCUUCAUCCAGCUUUGCACCCCAGGGGUCAUCAAGCAAGAGAAUGAUCGUCGGAGCUAUUGUCAGAUAUCCAGCCUGGACUUGCCUAGUACCCACAACUCGGUGGGUUCCAUGAGCGGGCCGAGUUACCCCUAUGGAGCAAACACCUCGACGGCAGUGAGUCUACAGCAGGAUCAGAAGCCUGUCUUUGGCCUGUAUCCCCCACUGCCCUCGGUCAGUGACAGCUGGAACAGAGGCAACGGAUACGGGGCUGGAUCAGGGAUGUCGAGCUCAUCUUUUCCUGUCGGCUUCAGCAGUCCAACGGCGAGACCCGAGGCCAGCGGCUCCACAUCGUCAGCCAAGCCCAGCGGUCCAACUCAUAAGAUCUGCUUGGUGUGUUCGGACGAGGCGUCUGGUUGCCACUAUGGAGUCCUCACCUGCGGAAGCUGCAAGGUCUUCUUCAAGAGGGCCGUUGAAGGAUGGAGAGCACGACAAAACACAGAUGGACAACACAACUAUCUGUGCGCUGGGAGGAACGACUGCAUCAUAGACAAGAUCCGCAGGAAGAACUGCCCGGCGUGCCGCUUCCGCAAGUGUCUCCAAGCAGGGAUGAAUCUGGAAGCGAGGAAAAACAAGAAGCUGAUCCGAUUAAAAGGUCAGCAGACGACGAUGGAGCCGAGCCCUCCCCCACCUGACGAGAGGGCCUGCGCCCUGAUCCCCAAGUCCAUGCCCCAGCUGGUACCCACCAUGCUGUCCCUGCUCAAAGCCAUCGAGCCGGAGGCCAUUUACUCUGGCUACGACAGCACCAUUCCCGACACCUCCACCCGCCUCAUGACCACCCUCAACAGGCUGGGCGGACAGCAGGUUGUCUCAGCCGUCAAAUGGGCCAAGUCCCUACCAGGGUUCCGGAACCUUCACCUGGAUGACCAGAUGACCCUGCUGCAGUGCUCCUGGCUGUUCCUCAUGUCGUUCGGCUUGGGCUGGCGCUCCUACCAGCAGUGUAACGGAGGGAUGUUGUGCUUCGCCCCUGACCUGGUUAUUAAUGAUGAGAGGAUGAAGUUGCCUUACAUGACCGACCAGUGUGAGCAGAUGCUGAAGAUCUCCACUGAGUUUGUGAGGCUGCAGGUGUCUUAUGACGAGUACCUGUGUAUGAAAGUCCUGCUGCUGCUCAGCACAGUACCAAAGGAUGGAUUGAAGAGCCAGGCUGUGUUUGAUGAGAUCCGCAUGACCUACAUAAAGGAGCUGGGGAAGGCCAUCGUCAAGCGGGAAGAGAACUCCAGCCAGAACUGGCAGAGGUUCUAUCAACUUACUAAGCUACUGGACUCCAUGCAAGAGAUGGUGGGGGGCCUCCUGCAGAUCUGUUUCUACACAUUUGUGAAUAAAUCCCUGAGCGUGGAGUUCCCGGAGAUGCUGGCUGAGAUCAUCAGCAACCAGUUACCGAAAUUCAAAGAUGGGAGCGUCAAGCCCCUUCUGUUUCAUGCCUUAAACCAUGACACAAUGCCUUAAAACCCCAGCCUCCCCUGCCUUCUGUCCUCUCGCCCGCCCGCCAGCCAGACCCGCCUAUUUUCCCUGCAGAUGGCCCAGGACCCCCACCAGUACGGAUUAAUGUAAUGAGAGCGUGCUCCUGAAUCGGUUUCCAGAGGACUCCGAUGGAGAAAUAGAACUUGCAAAGGAGAAUGACACAGUGACCGAGCGACAGGUCACAAACUAGACUGACCCUUCUGAAUCAAACAGAAACUUUUCUGGAAUCGUGUUUAGACCGUGAAUCACUUCAUAACAGUUGAUUAUUGUGAGAUUGGAGGAAUCAAAUUCUACCAACGAAAAGAGAUUAAUAUUUUGAAUUGAUUUUAUGCAUGCACACACUGCUCUUCUUUUUUACACAGGAUUAUCAGAAAAGGGAAAAUGUGCCUUUUUUUGGUUUAGCUUUGCAGGCUGUCUAUAGCCAUUCUUCUCAAACUGUCAAAAGCAAGUAUUUUGCAUAGGAAUCUAAUAUAAACACUUUUGUAUGUAUUUCUAUCUGUUAUUCACAAUGGCAGUUUCUAUCCUCUAAACAGCCAUGUUUCUUUUCUCAAGUGGGCAGCUUAAUGAUCCCCAGAAGUGAACUAGCAAGAGUGAGCUCCUUAUGUAAGGUAAUGAAAUCCAACAUUUAUGUCCAAUUUCAUUCUCCACAACCUUUCAGUAGUUUACUCAAAAGCAUCAAUAAUGCUUUGUGGUAUUCAUAAGGAGAAUUUGGUUCCUGCCCAUGUCUGAGCUUAUGUCACAUACAGAAUGUCAUAAUUCAACAGUGGGAAAAAAAUGAUUCACAUUUGUUAUAGGUGAAACAUCAGUUAAACCUUUACAGUACCAGUCAAAAGUUUAGACAUAUUUAGUCAGUCCAGGGUUUUUCUUUAUUUUUACUAUUUUCUACAUAAUAGAAUAAUAGACCGGUGAAAAUCAGGUUGAGAGUACGUCAAGAGUGUGCAAAGCUGUCAUCAAGGCAAAGUGUGGCUACUUUGAAGAAUCUCAAAUAUAUUUUGAUUUAACUCUUUUUUUGGUUACUACACGAUUCUAUGUGUUAUUUCAUAGUUUUGAUGUCUUCACUAUUAUUCUACAUUGUAGAAAAUAGUAAAAAUAAAGAAAAACCCUUGAAUGAGUAGGUGUGUCCAAACUUUUGACUGGUACUGUAUGUGUAACAGGUUAAGUCUUCGUGUUAAAGGGAGGGCUCACUUCAUGUUAAAACCGGCCUUGAUUUGCGAGCUAAAUGAAAAUGCCAGCGUUGGUCUAGGGGAUGGGAGUUUGCAGCAGUGGCUAAUGAUUGUGUGUGUGUGAGAGCAAAAAGGACAGAAAGUAACAACCUGAACAAGUUUGUUCAUAUGAUAUGAAAACGGAUGUAUUUAUUUCAAAGUUGUCACAACCCUAUUUCUUAUGAUGCGUCAAGCUGAGUUUGAGAGCAUACGCACAGUCACUAUUCUCUGGGAGUUGCAAAUAAAUUAUGUAAAAUGUCACAAGGUCUUCAGUUUGGCCCGUUUUACCGUCACCUGUGUGUAUUAUACUAGUGCCAAACCAGAACUGUUUAAUUGUUUUGCUGUCCAAGCAUUAUUAUUCUAUGCUUCAGGGUGCUCAUUUUAUAAAAAAUAUUAUUGGGUAAAAAUAAUAAGUACACCAGCUAACGAGGAAUACAAGUAUUGAUUGUUGUUCACAAGAUCAUGUAGAUGUUUUCAAGCCAUUUUGUAUACUUGUACUCUGAGACUCUUGAACUUGCAAUGGUGUUUUGUAAUGCUAUCAAAGUAUGGUGACCUGCACAUUUCCCUGUGAAAACGAAGUUCGCCGUCCCUGCUAGAAGUCAUUCUCUCUCUCUCUUGAGGUAAACACCAGCUUAUGCCAUGUAAAAGCCCAAAGUAAAAUGGCUUUUGGUGUGCAAGUGCAGAAUCAUUGCUAUAAGGCUUUCUACUUGGUCUCAGAAUUGUUUUAUUCUAACUUCUAAGCUCCUUCUUCGUAAUCAUUAGGCCAGGAUAGUUAACAAACAAAAUGGCAGCCAUGUGAUCUAACUACCUCAUGUAGUCAUCCUUUCAGUCAGACUGAUGGAAUGACCACGUGAGAUGGAUCCCCUGGUGCUGCUCUCUGCACGUGUUUUGGGGUGAGAUUGACAUAUUUUGGUUUACUUUCACAUAGUGUUAGAGGACUGUCUCUGUUCUGGUCUUCGAUUGGUCAAACCAGCUUGAUCAUAUCCUAAUGAUCACUGCAUUGCCGUAGAUGUACGUACAUAUAGGGUAACAUCCCUGAAGUUUUGAUUAAUACAUGUUUCAUGACAACUUUUGACAGAAUACCUGUAUAUUCCUAUACUAAUUUGUUUUUUUUCUCAAACAAGUUUCACUUAAGGCCUUGCAAAAGGGAGACAGAGAGCCAUACAAAAAUGUGGGUUUAAAUUCAGGAAAACUUAACUGUCAAUGCUUUUGAAAAUGGAUUUCUUUUAAAACAACUAUUUUCAGUAAUUUUGAAUAUCAGUUUGAUCCUCUUUGAUAUGAAUCAUUUUACUGUCUUUUUGUGCAUUUGAUGAGUAAGACAGUAAUUGUUUUAUUUUUCUGUUGGUUUGUGUUUGACAAAGAUACAUGUAUUGCAUAUGUACUUAGAAAGUGUUAAUAUGUUGUCUGACUAAAUAUAAAUCAAUGGGAAAGAUUAUAUGAAAGACCACUUUGUUUUAGAAAAUGUGGGUUUUGGGAGGGGAUGAAGGACUGGAGUAUAUUUUGUAUAGUGCAACAGAGUUGCCAAAGCAGAGAGAACAGAAGUAUUCAAGCAGCCAGUUACAUUUACAGUAGCACUUAUCCAAUUAUAGUACCUAUUUUUAAAUAUAUUUUGUAAUGGUCUAAGCUUUGUAUAUUGCUGUGAGGAUUAACCAGUCAUUUAAAAAUACAUUUAAAAAAAGGUAUUUGUGUGAAAGUAAUCUACCAGAGAAUUUGCACUACCACGUUUCAUAAUAAAUAGGAAAGGAGCUAGGUCUGUACUCCAAGUCUUAGCUGUGAAAGAAAUGGUCGUUUUUCACUGCAAACACUAAAUACUGACCUGCCUCAUUUCCCAUUGAUUUCAGAUUGAUUUGUUUUGGUUUACGAACCACAAAACGGCCUACAAGAAUCUACAAAUAUGUUAAUUCACUACCUCAUACUGGUUGAGAGUCUAUUUUCUGUAUAAAAUACAUGCAAAUAGUAUCUUUAAAGAUUGAGGGCAGAUCAUAUUUCACUGGUAUAUGGCUUUCAUUAAAGUCUGUUCUGUUUGUAUUUCAGUUCUGUACAUGUAAUCCAAAUGUAAAGAAUAUAUACAUUGUCUAUUUGUUUACAAAAUAGUUUGUAUUACUGCUGUCAAUGUCAAUAUUUUCACCAAUUUGAUUAAAUGUUGGACUAAAAUGUCUGUAGUUCUGGUUGCUCUAGUUUCACUUCAUGACCUCCUAGGUGAUUAUCAAAUGUUUCUCCAGAUAAACCUGUUCAUAAAAUAAAAGCUUUUUCAAUCAUU